AUGGCGCCGCACGAUCUCCGCCGCGCGUACAAGAGGCCGGCGAUCUCAGACCAGCAGAGGCGCCGAGAGCUCUCGUUGAAGCGCCAAGAGCAAGGCCGGCGCGACGCACAGCUCCAGGCCCGCCGCCUAGCCUCCACCCUACUCUCCCUCCCGCCCGAACAUGAACAGCCCUCCGAACCCGAACCCGAACUCGAACUCGAACUCGGAUCAUCGUCCAAAGAAUCCGACUCCGACUUCGAAUUCGAUCUUCGCAACGCUUCCAAGCUCAGAGGCACAGAGGCGCGGAAGUGGUUCGCCAGACAGCUCAUGCUCCCCGAGUGGAUGAUCGACGUCCCUCAUCGCUUGCCCCACGACUGGUAUGUGUUUGCAAGACCAUCUGGGAAGAGAUGCUUCGUUGUUUCAUCGGACGGAACGACAAUCAGUAGGCAACGAAACGGCACCGUCCUCCACCGUUUCCCGUCUGCUCUACCCAAUGGUGCCAGGACCAGAGACGGGUCGGGUUCUGCUCAAUCAUAUUCAAUCCUAGACUGUAUAUUUCACGAGAUGGACCAGACUUACUAUGUAAUCGACAUGGUGUGCUGGAGAGGCUACUCCUUGUAUGAUUGUACGGCUGAGUUUAGGUUCUUUUGGUUGAAUUCUAAGCUGGCUGAGACGGGGGCUUGUGAGCCUCCCUCCCAUUAUCAUAAGUAUAGGUUCAGCUUGGUUCCUGUACAUACUUGUGAUCAGUCUGGUCUACAUGCUGCAUAUGCUGGAGGGGUACCUUAUGUAAAAGAUGGUCUUUUAUUUUAUAACAAGCAUGCUCAUUAUCAACCAGGAAAUACACCACUGGCAUUAGUUUGGAAGGAUGAGAACUGUAGUCAGUAUGUUAUCGACACAGAUAAUAAAGGACAGGUUCCAAGCCAUCAACAGGUAGUUUUGGAGCUGCAAGAUGAUGGAAAAGUGACUACCUCAGAUGAUCCCCCAGUUGUAUUUAGUUGCUUAGAUUUGGACUUCAUACAAAAGUCAGGGUUGCAUUCUGGAAAUCUUCUUCGUUUUGCUAUUGGUGAUGGAGGAUUGAGUGUUGUGGAUGGGAAGCUUGAGAAGGCUGAUUUACAUUACCUUGGAAAGUCAAACCGAGCACGUGCUUUUGCAGAUAGUUACUCCAAGGUCAUGUUUCAGAAUAUGGUUCGGGGGUCCCCCCUGAAAAUUGAUGAUUUGGUAGCAUCAAUCAACACACCAGAUGAUGAAGGAAACAGACCUGACGUUGAUAUGGUUGGUUGA